AUGAGCAAGGGCCCGGGGCCGGAGCAGGGACCGGAGCCGGGGCUGGAGCCGGGGCUGGACCCAGGGCCAAUCCCGGAGCCCGCCCGCCACAACGACCCCGCCGACCCGGGGCCUGGCGCCCCCGGCGGGCUCUUCGCGUGGCUACGCGGGCGCUGCCUGGGCCGCGGGGCCGCCGUGGACCCGGCGCGGGACACGUUCGGCGCCAUGACCGGGCUGUACGGCGCCAUCCAGCCCGCGGACUCCGUGUCCCUCAGCACCCGCACGCACGGCGCCGUCUUCAACCUUGAGUACUCUCCCGACGGGUCAGUGCUGACCGUCGCCUGUGAACAGACUGAAGUCCUGCUCUUUGACCCCAUAUCUUCAAAGCACAUCAAGACUCUCUCUGAAGCUCAUGAGGACUGUGUAAAUAACAUCAGGUUCCUGGACAACCGGCUGUUCGCCACGUGCUCCGACGACACCACCAUUGCUCUCUGGGACCUGAGGAAGCUCAACACCAAAGUGUGCACCCUGCAUGGCCACACCAGCUGGGUCAAGAACAUCGAGUACGACACUAACACCAGGCUGCUGGUCACCUCGGGCUUUGAUGGGAACGUCAUCAUCUGGGACACCAACAGGUGCACAGAGGAUGGAUGUCCCCACAAGAAGUUUUUUCACACACGUUUUCUGAUGCGCAUGAGGCUGACACCAGACUGUUCCAAAAUGCUGAUCUCCACCUCCUCUGGUUACCUUCUAAUUUUGCACGACCUUGACCUGAACAAGUCCUUAGAGGUUGGCAGCUACCCGAUUUUAAGAGCCAGGAGGACCACAUCGAGCUCAGACAUAACAUCGUCAGGCUCCUCUGGCCCUCGAGCUGUGGGUUCACCCUGUCACCAGAACAACUCGGGGCCACUCUCUGAGAAAACCUUGUCACGGCCCUCGCAGAGAGAAGGGGGAUCACCUAGAAAUAGCCUGGAGGUGUUAACACCAGAGGUUCCUGGAGAAAGAGAUCGUGGGAACUGCAUUACAUCACUGCAGCUGCACCCCAAGGGCUGGGCCACGCUGCUGAGGUGCUCCAGCAACACAGAUGAUCAGGAGUGGACUUGUGUCUAUGAAUUCCAGGAAGGAGCUCCGGUGCGCCCCGUGUCCCCGCGCUGCUCCCUGCGCCUCACACACUGCAUCGAGGAGGCCAACGUGGGCCGGGGCUACAUCAAGGAGCUCUGCUUCAGCCCCGACGGCCGCAUGAUCUCGUCCCCGCACGGCUUCGGCAUCCGCCUGCUGGGCUUCGACGCUCACUGCAGCGAGCUGGUGGACUGCCUGCCGCGGGAGGCCAGCCCCCUGCGCGAGAUCCGCUCGCUCUACUCCCACAACGACGUGGUGCUCACCACCAAGUUCUCCCCCACGCACUGUCAGAUCGCCUCGGGGUGCCUUAGCGGACGCGUCUCCCUCUACCAGCCCAAGUUCUAGGGGCAGCGGCGGCGCCUGCGCGCUCCUGGGUUCUGCUCCAGCCCAGUGCGAGCCUGCUCUCUCCAAAAUCUCUGAGUUCACUGGAGGGCACCGUGACCUCGGGACGUGCUGGGAGGACUUUUCAGGCCGGCACCAUGCGGAUCGUGGUCCUGCCCCCGUGAGCCGGCGCCACGUCCCGGCCCCAGAGCAGAGCAGAGCUCUGCUGCUGCUGCUGUGCCAUCGGGCUGUCCUGCUGUGUUUGUACCCUGAUACUUGAUUGUUUCCUUCAGCACAGCUCCCAGGGGCUGUUUGGAACAACACACAGGGGCAGGGUGCCCAGGUACCUGCUGUCCCAGAGAUGGACUGCCUCUCCUCUGCUCCCCUUUCUGUCACUGAAGCAACUCUGUGGUGAUUAGUAGAUAAUGAACUGCUGGUCUACAUAAGCAACACGGUUAGUUACUCUCACCAAAAAAAACCAAACACAAACAAACAAAAAAAAGAAUUUUGCUUUCAUUUCUAUGUUAAUGUGGUUGUUAUUGGCUAGAAGAAUGAGUCACGGUGUGGCUUAGGCUGGCAGGGACCACUGGAGGUCACCCAGGCCCACCCCUGCACAGGCAGGAUCCCCUUGAGCCUGCCACUUUGCACUAGGGAACACCCUGGCCCAGAGGAUGGCUCUGGGUUCCUGCAGCAGGGCAGCUCUGGCCCCUCCUCUGCCAGGUGUGUUGUAGGGGGUUUUCCACAUCAUCCCACAUCUGAAACAUGGUGGCUUUCGGCUGAUGUUUGGGUGUUUCCCCCCUGGCUCUUUUUCCACACACACUCUUGCUGUGGGAGAAAUUCACUUGGAUGUGUCCCCACUAUUGCCAGAUGAGCCUUUCUUCACAUGUGCUGUCAGUUUGGGAGGGAAUUAAAAGCAAACCUGUCAACAGUGAGAUCUCCCUGGAUCUAACCAGGCUUUUCAUCAGGUGUGAAAACACUGUAGUGCUCACCCUGGUGAAAGGGUCUAGAGGGGAAGCUGUAUGAGGAGCAGCUGAGAUAGUUUAGUUUGUUCAGCUUAGAGGAAUUGAGAUGGGAUCUCGUUGUGCUCUUGAACUGCUCCUGUGGGGCAGUGGAGGGGCAGGUACUGAUCUCUUCCACCGCCAGGGACAGGACCCAGGGAAGAGCUGGAGCUGGCCCAAGGAGGGUCAGGCUGGAUUUUAGAGAAAGGUUCUUCCCUGCUCCAGGGAGUGCUGGGCACUGCCCAGGCUCCCCAGGGAAUGGGCACAGCCCCGAGGCUGCCAGAGCUCCAGGAGGGUUUGGGCAGCACUGUCAGGGAUGCUCAGGGUGGGAUUUUGGGGUUUCUGUGCAGGGACAGGCAUGGGACUGAUGAUCCUGUGGGUCCCUUCCAGCCCAGGGUAUUCUUGUGAUUCAGUAGCCACACCCAAAGUAGGAAUGCCAGAUUUCCGUCCUGGAGUUAAUUGAGCUAACCUUGUAAAUGUACAGGUAUUUCAGUCUUGGACAUCUAUAUCAAUUUAUAACAUUCUCAUCACUUACAUAUUCCUAGUAGGGGUUUUUUAUUUCACUGCAGACCGAUCACAGACUCAGUUCUGCAGGGAACUUUACCUGGAAGGACUGUCAUCUGCUGGUGGUCAGGUUCACUCUGGCUCAAUACAGCACACUUGUUCUAAACUGACUCUUUCAAAGCCUUUUGCAAAACAUAUUUGGGGAUAAAGACAACAUUUAUGGAUGUAAGAGAGCUGGAAAGGUAAGCCUGAAGACUCUCCUGUAGCUUUGUAUUUAUGUGGGUAUUAAUACAGGUAUCUGGUGUUGGUGCAGAAGUCAUUGGAACUUAAGUCUCCUCUGCAUUAUGAGAGAAAAAAAUCCCAAGUUUCCUCUUUUGGAGAAUUUCUUUGGUAAUAUGAAGCCUUCAAUUUUGUAUGCUUGGUAACCUGAGGGCAAGCAUCCCUUCUGAGCCUGAGCCUGCCCGUGGGGCAGGUGGGUCUGCUGGGUUGUUCAAGCAGCUCAGGGCACUUCCCUUGGCUGUGAAGUGUGCAGGAAACAAGCACAGGAUACAAGAUAUUUAUGCAAAGAAACAGCUACAAGGAUUUUGUAAUGGGCCAAACUGCUUGGGCUAAAAAAUGCCAGGUUCUGCUGGGGACUACAGCAGCUUUUCCCCAAACAUUUGCUGUCCCACUGCCAGGCUGCUGUUUUCUCACCUUAUUUAAUGUUUUAUUACACAUCAUUGAAGGGACUACAGGGACACUUGAGAGAAUCUUGGAGUUCUCACAGGCUUGCAUAGUGUUUGCUUUGGAGGGGAAGGAGCAUAGCUCUGGUUCUUGGGUGGGUCUGUCUGUGUUUUUCCAAGGCUGUUUUUGUUCCUCUUGUCAGAACCUGCUCAGACUGGUGGAUCCCUGGUGACUGUAACGCUAUGCCUGUGAAUAUGCACUGAGUGUUACCUUUUUAAUUCUACCUCAUGAUACGCUGUGUUUUACACCAGUAUUGUGCUGAGCUUUGGACACUCACCUUUCUGUAUAAAGGACCGUUUCCCCCGAGUGACAGACAUGUCACCACUCCUGGGUAGCACCUGUGGUUGGCCCUGCCUGGCUCUGGGACCCACAGCUCACCUGAGGAAGGGGCUCGGUCACCUUGAUGCUUUUGUAGCGUGUCCAGCAGAUGCAUAAAAUGACAGAAUCUGUACAUGUACGCUGUAGAAAUGUUACUUAGUUCUUCUGAUGACAUUUGUAAUAAGUUUUAAUUAGAAUAAGUAGGUAAUCUUAGAUUUUGGUCAUUCUAUUGAUUACUGCUUUUCAACAACACUUGGAAGUUUUCCAUGAAGGCUUUACCACGUUUUACCUGUGAAGUUCACUUCUCAGUGGCUUACAGCCGACAUGCCUCACAGUCAUGUGGUGGUGCAAGUGUUUUCAGUUCUCUCUCAGUAACAUUACUGAAACAAUGAAGUUAGGUGUUGGUGAGCUUUGGGUUAUUUCUAGGUAGUCAAAAAAAAAAACCAAACCAACUUUAUCUUCUAGUUGUGUUUCAAAAGUUGAAUGCUCAACCUUGAGAAGUGUAUAAAACUGUGAAACAAGUGUAAGGAAACAUUUCCAAGGGAGAUGAAAGACAGACGGGGAGGGGGUGGCUCACACCAGGGGUGUCUGUUAACUGGUGUGGCAGCACUUGAUGAAUUCCAGGGCGACUCUCGGGGCUGGCGCUAUCUGACUGCAGAGCCUGCACCGCCUUGGUGAUGAUGGUUUCAGACUCCGAGAGAAUGCCCCGGGGACCCGGCGGGAGCCAGAGCCGUGCUGGGGCUGGUUCUCGGUUCUCCUGCCGCAGGCGGUGUGGCCGGGGGCGGCACGGCUGUCCCCGGGUGACGGCGGGAGGGUCCGGGCAGAGCCGGCACCGCCACCGUGGGGAUGGAGGACAAGCACAGCGGUACUGACAGAUACACACAGGAUUGUUUGCACUCUUGGAGUCUUGGGGUAAGGACAGCUCGAUGCCUACUGCCAGAAUUAGAAUGUAAACAUCAUUUUUUUCAGGGGGAGGGAGGGUGUGUCUUGGUUAAUUUAGUGGGGGUUUGUUUUUUGUUUGCUUGUGUUGUGAUUUUUAUUUGGGUGGCACUGAUGUGGAGAAGGUUCCGACAUCUUAAUAUAUGUGUCUGUUGCUCUAGGACAUAUAAACUCUUAGAAGAAAAAGAAAUACACUUGCCAAAUGAAAGCUUUUAAAAGAUUUAGUUUACAAGAAUCCAAAAACUUGGAGAGAAAUGAAGAAGCCAACGACCCAUCAUGUUUUUGACCUGCAGGAAACAGAAACUUCUCAUUGGCUGAUCUUAGUCAAAGGUGCAUUUUCUAAAGCACUAAAUAGCCUCAGUUAAGUAUAAGCUUUUUAAUACAGAAACAAAUUGUGCAUGUAGAGUAUUUUGAAAUACCUGAGAUUUCAUAGUAAAAACUGUAGCCUUUUAAUACCGUAUAUGAAGUAUCAGAACUGCGUUGGAAGUAUUGUACUUACAGCCGUGCAGUAACUUACUAUUUGUGGACAGUUUCUCUUGCUUGCAUAAUAAACAUUUAAUAAUUCA